AUUGUUUUUCCUAAAGAUGUAAUGCCGCUGAAUGUUUUCGAAUGUUGAGCCUGUCAGCCUUUUACCAGCCCAGCUUUUGCGCAUAUUAGAUGGCAUGCUUCUUGUUUCAUCCGAGAGUAAUAAGCUUAAGUGCACCAACCAGCAGUAGAUCUAGAUUCUGUCCUACUCUGAUUCUAAAAUGUGCUCUUGCUAGAGCGGUCGUGACGAAGGCAAAUUCAAGACUACAGAUUUCAAGAUGGCCGGGUAGUACGUUUGCACUAGUGCGGACGAGAAAGCUUUCUUCAAAGGCUUCAGGGGGAUCUAGAAUUUUAAAAAUUUUGAAGUUCUUGUGCUUGGCAACUGGUUUGGUUUUUUGGGCUUCGAUUGGCUUUAGAACCGCGUUAUAUGCGACUGGAGGGCUAGAAAUUAAUAACCCACAACUGGCGCCAAUUUAUGCCGCUGUUUUCCAGGUAGAUUCUAAGGACUUCGCUCAAGGUGGAAGCGCAAUGAAAGAAGUAAUUGAGGAAAUGACACUAAAACGUUUUGCUGUAGGGACAGUAUGGGAUAGACUCAGGAACGAUGAGGCUUUCCGGCGAAAAUUUGGAGAAAAUGUGUUAAUUUGUGGCUACAAAGUUAAUCAAACAGAUCCCCGUGGAGUUGAUUCUCCAGAGCUAUUCACAGAUUACAAAGAGAGAAACAGUGACAGAUGGAAAGUGUGUCUUUACGUUGAUGGCUCCAAUUCGUCUGGUCUUGUUACUAUGGUGUUUCACAAAGUAAAUACAGACAACAUAAAAUGGAUCCCAGUUUCCCUUUUGAUAGAAACUCUUCCAAACUCAGGUGUCAAGAUCUGCGAUAUCUCUGCACCACUCCCCAAUGGUAUUUCAAAGUUCACUCGACUGUUUAAGGAUGAUUAAUCACCACUGUUAGUUCUCAAUUAGCCAGGUGCACAGCAGCACCUCAACAACAGCAUCAAGGUCAAAGAAAUAAAAACUUUUUACAUCAAUUCAACACUUCAGAAACAAAAAGAAAUGUCUCAUCUCUCAUCAUCUCGCAGUGGCUUAUGGAAUCAUUACUGGGGACAAAAUCGUUUUUCCUCUUUUUUUUCUGUUCUUAGCAACAGUUCCACAAGCUACAACUGUGAUAUGAGACUCGUCCCAGGUUUCUUCUCGUUUCCAAAGAGACAAAUGCCAUAUCUUUUUGCGAACAAUGUCAAGACCUCCAUUAUGGUGAUUGUCCAGUUCACGGGCCUUUGCAAAUCAUAGAAGACAGAACUGAGGAG